AUGACCAAUCUCGUGGAAUUUACACUAACGGGCUGCACAAAAUGUGAGUACCUUCCGCCAUUGCAUCUAUUAUGCCCUUAUCUGAAGAAGCUCUGCAUCAAAUAUUGCACAAAACUUCAGGGCAUUAGAGAUAACUGCCGGUACCCAUAUGAGCUCGAAUGGAAUCAGCAGGGGGCUUAUGUUAGUGAUGACGAUGCUGAAGACGACAACUACGGUUUUCCCUAUUUUCCUGCUCUUUCUCGCUUGGAUAUCGUUCUUUGCCCCAAACUGGAUCGGAUGCCUCUCUUCCCAACCGUUGAUGCUGAGUUGGAGCUGUAUGGAUGCAGUGAACGCCUGCUGCUUCGUACAAUGAUAAUGAAUUCGUCUCGUCUUGUUCGCCCGCCACUCUCUCAGUUAUCGAGUUUGCUACUUUGGGAGAUUUAUGACUUGAAGUAUCUCGGCGUCUGCAACCUAACUUCGAUUCAGUAUCUGGGUAUCAGGGACUGUCCAAGAUUAGCCACUCUGCCCCCUGCUAUGAGAUGCCUAACUCGCCUGCAGAAGCUGAGCAUUCAAGAGUGUCCCUUGCUGAAAGAAAGGUGCAGAGAAGGAGUAGGUGAAGAUUGGCCCAAUAUUUCCCACAUCCCAUCGGUUGAGCUCAGGGACUAA